GUUUACAACAACACAAUUUAAAAAUUCAAAUUUUGACUUUCAAAAUGACAAAAUAAAUGACAAAACCAACCAACACAAAUCACUGUCCACACCACAGAUACCUGUAAAUUUCUCUUAUCUCCCGACAGUGUCGCCAUCGUUGACUAAAAACCUAACUAAAAACUUUCGUCGCGAUUCUCCCAUUUGAGAUAUUUUUCUAGUGUACCUAUUGCACGAAUGGACCCAGAUAAAUGGACAUCUAAAAUUACAUUCUGGUGACCCUGAAUAAGUAUCUAAGCGAAACGCCGGACGCCCUCAGAGACGGCGGAGAGAUGACAUCAGGCAAAUCGUUGGGAUCCAAUGGAGAAAAAUUGACCGACGGUCAUGGAAAAAUCUGGAAGAGGCCUUUAUCCAGUAGUGGACAAGUACAGGCUGACUAAUAUACUUCCAAAGCAAAAACUAAAAACAGGAUUUUUGUUUUGAAAGGUAGAAAAACUUUGACAUAUUCCCAGCUAUGACACUACAAAUAACACACAAACGCCCCAGUAAUAACUUUUUUACGUUUAUUAUAAUUUGUUUACAUCUAUUUGUAACUAUUAUAUUCAAUAAACCUUAUUAUCAUUAUUGAAAAAAACCAUACAAAUUCGAGUUUUUUGUUCACUGGAAGAUGUUGCUCACUUAUGGAAAAUUUCUCUAAUAACAAACAUCUCCUGUCACAAACUAACUAACAACCGUCAAAAAGUUUCAAAAAAAACUCAAAUGGAUGACCACUUCAAUCUCCAAAUAAUCCAGCAGAUGUAUCCGAAAGUACCGCGACCGCCCAACGCGUUUAUGCUGUACGCGAACGAAAACCGGAAAGUGCUGUCGCGUUUGUAUCCGACCGAAUCCAACGCGGAAAUCAGCAAAAGACUGGGCCAGACUUGGAAAAUGUUGUGUCAGCAAAAGAAGAAUAAAUACUUUAUGAAUGCUAAACUUAUCGAUAAGGAACAUAAACGGAAACAUCCCGGGUACGUUUACAAUCCGAAAGAUGCCCGUGUGAGGAAAGCUUUACGUGCUAAUUUGAAAGAUAUGGCUAAUAAUAAUAAUAAUAAUAAUUCGAGAAUAAAUGAGUUAUUGUUUCAAAACGAUGAUGAUUUAUCUGUAAAUGAUGAUGUAUCAAAGGAAGCUAGCCAACUCAUGUUGCCAUCAAACAUUUUCGAAAUGACCCAAGCAGACAAGGAAUUAUUCGAAAACGAAAAACAAGCAACCCUGCAACUUGCAAAUGCUUACGAAACUUUAAGCAAAUCGGCAGUUUUCAAUUACCGAUCGAUUUCGUCUUCAGCUUCGAAAAUCAUCGACGAUCCUCAAUUGUACAGCAACAAUACCAUGUACCAUGAAGAGUAUAUUGUUAAGUAUUUUAAUAAUGCUUUAGAUUAUGACGCUUAUAAUGUUACUACUGAAGAUGGUUUCAGUUUUCCUUAUAUCGCUUUACGAUAUAAUUUAUUUAGGCAUAAUAAUACAUAAUUUAAUAUAUUCAAUUCCACUUGCACUAUUGGUUUUUUUAAUCAAAACACCACUGGAUACUAAUUGGCUCAUUUUUUUUAGUGGCACGCGAAAUUACUAUGCCGUGCCAAUAUUCGAUUAAUCUUCAACUAAAGAAUUAUUCAAGGCCUUACAUGCAUCGAUAAAUAAAGCAUUGUCGAGAGUGUCUCCGAUGGCACGAGAAUUAUUGUUUAUUGAUCCUCAAACGGCAUAAACAUCAUUGUUUCAUGGUGGCUUUUGAAUUAUCUGAGAAACUCGUUUUAUAGGUAUCAGUUAGUGAUCCAUUUUGCAAUCUUGUCUUUAUCUGAUUUAAGUAUAUUUAUGGUAAUCCUAUACAAAGAAAUGCAUGUUAUACAAAGAAAUCUCUGAUUGAAAAACCCCACACAUAUAUUCUACAUUAAGCGUGACCAAAUGUGAAUAAACUAUCAACUUAAAUCAGACUAGACGUUAAGACAGACAUUACUUUCCACAACCGAGCGACGAUUAUUUAAUCUUGCCAACGCAAAUUUAUCAAUGAAAAAUUAUUUAUUAAAUGAGCUUGACCCUUAAUAACAUGACUUGGCUGGAAUUUGAAAAAAAAUCGAAUACGCCCCUCACCAUCAACUAACUAACGAGCUUCAUACAUCGAAGACAAAUAUUAAUUAAAAUUGAACUUAAACAGGUUAUAUUAAGGGGCUUUUUUAUAAGAAAUUAUAGGCUUUUAUUAAAUUAUUGUUUUAGAAUUAUACCUUGGAAAAAUGAAGUUAAC